GGUGAGUGUGGGGAGCGGAAGCCCUAAGCCGAGACCCGCAGAUAGGCGUCUUCGUACUCGCCCCCCUCGCGCGACUCAAAGCUUUCCUCCCCUCAUCUUCCCGUUUCCCCUAAGCAGCCGCCGCCGCCGCCUCACCCGCCAGACACCAUGAGGGAGUGCAUCUCUAUCCACAUCGGCCAGGCUGGUAUCCAGGUCGGAAACGCGUGCUGGGAGCUUUACUGCCUCGAGCAUGGCAUUCAGGCUGAUGGUCAGAUGCCCGGUGACAAGACCGUUGGAGGAGGUGAUGAUGCUUUCAACACCUUCUUCAGUGAGACUGGCGCAGGGAAGCAUGUCCCCCGUGCUGUGUUCGUUGACCUUGAACCCACUGUGAUUGAUGAGGUGAGGACCGGCACCUACCGCCAGCUCUUCCACCCUGAGCAGCUCAUCAGUGGCAAGGAGGAUGCUGCCAACAACUUUGCCCGUGGUCACUACACCAUUGGCAAGGAGAUUGUUGAUUUGUGCCUUGACCGCAUCAGGAAGCUUGCCGAUAACUGCACUGGUCUCCAGGGCUUCCUCGUCUUCAACGCUGUUGGUGGAGGAACGGGCUCUGGCCUUGGUUCUCUCCUCCUUGAGCGGCUGUCUGUUGACUACGGCAAGAAGUCCAAGCUCGGGUUCACUGUGUACCCAUCUCCCCAGGUCUCCACCUCGGUGGUUGAGCCAUACAACAGUGUCCUGUCCACCCACUCCCUCCUCGAGCACACUGAUGUCGCUGUCCUGCUUGACAACGAGGCCAUCUACGACAUCUGCCGCCGCUCCCUUGACAUUGAGCGCCCAACCUACACCAACCUCAACAGGCUUGUGUCUCAGGUCAUUUCAUCUCUGACUGCCUCCCUGAGGUUCGAUGGUGCUCUGAACGUUGAUGUGAACGAGUUCCAGACCAAUCUUGUGCCCUACCCGAGGAUCCACUUCAUGCUUUCGUCCUACGCUCCAGUGAUCUCCGCUGAGAAGGCCUACCACGAGCAGCUCUCCGUGGCUGAGAUCACCAACAGCGCCUUCGAGCCUUCCUCCAUGAUGGCCAAGUGCGACCCCCGCCACGGCAAGUACAUGGCCUGCUGCCUCAUGUACCGUGGUGACGUGGUCCCCAAGGACGUGAACGCGGCUGUCGCCACCAUCAAGACUAAGCGCACCAUCCAGUUCGUGGACUGGUGCCCGACCGGCUUCAAGUGCGGCAUCAACUACCAGCCACCCAGCGUGGUCCCCGGCGGGGACCUCGCCAAGGUGCAGAGGGCCGUGUGCAUGAUCUCCAAUUCCACCAGCGUCGUGGAGGUGUUCUCCCGCAUCGACCACAAGUUCGACCUCAUGUACGCCAAGCGCGCCUUCGUGCACUGGUACGUGGGCGAGGGCAUGGAGGAGGGCGAGUUCUCCGAGGCCCGUGAGGACCUGGCUGCGCUCGAGAAGGACUACGAGGAGGUCGGCGCUGAGUUCGACGAGGGCGAGGAAGGCGAUGAGGGUGAUGAGUACUAGAUGAUGCUUCCUGGUGCUCCGUCAGGCCAGUGCGCUGCUGCUAUCCUAUGAUCUGCCCGUGGCUCUAUCUUGUUAUCGUGCCUGCUUGUUUGAACUAUCCAUCGUUGUGUGGUUUACAACACCUGAUGUUGUAAGACUCGUUAUGUUUGAUCCCCCGCUUGGUACUCGUCUACAUUGAAGUGUAUAAUUUUCCAGCACUGGGUUAUUAUUUUA